UUUUUGAUAAAGAUAAAGUUGCCUAGAUAUAUGAAAACAUCAUCUAUUGUGAAACAACAAACUACACCUAAAACAUCAUGUAAAUUGAAACAGAGGGAGUAUCAUUAUUUCUAUUAUAUCAUGUAGUAUUUUUUAGCGAAAAUAAUUGAAAAGAACACUUGUGUGAAAUCACUUUACAAAAAAUGUAUACGGGAUAUGCCGAAUAAUCACAAAAUGUUCACAUGAUAUGGCCACAAAACAAUAUGUCCAUACAUAUACUAGUGCAGUACUAUUUUUGUAUAAUAAAUGAUCUACCACAAAAAGUUAUUCAUUUUGCAAAAGUCAACUCAUUGUUUUACAUAAAAGUCCACUCUUUGAAAGUUUUUAUUUUGUUAAGAUGAUAAAAGUAUACUCAUAAAUGGGGCCAAGUUAUGGUUAUAAAAUCUAGCGUUGGCCUUAAUAAUCACAUCAUCUCAAAUUAGUUGACACUUGACAGACUAAUAAUGGAGUCUCUAUUAUCACAAAAUCUAAACCAUGUAAUAGAUCCCAUACCGUCAGCUCUUCUCAUGACCAUCUCUCUUCUAGUUGUAGUCUACCUCAUCUCACAAUGGCUUAAACCGCUCUACCCUCCCGGUCCCAAAGGCUUACCGGUAAUUGGAAAUAUGCUAAUGAUGAACCAACUCACACACCAUGGUCUAGCCAAGCUAGCCAAUCGAUACGGCGGCUUGUUCCAUUUACGAAUGGGAUUUCGUCACGUGUUUGCCAUCACAUCACCCGACGUGGCCCGACAAGUCCUCCAAGUACAAGACAUCAGCUUCUCGAACCGGCCCGUGACUGUAGCCAUUAACUACUUAACCUACGAUCUAGCCGACAUGGCCUUCGCUCCCUACGGACCCUUUUGGAGACAGAUGAGGAAAGUGUGCGUCAUGAAGGUGUUUAGCCGGAAACGGGCCGAGUCAUGGGCAUCGGUCCGUAAAGAAGUAAACAAUAUGGUCCGGUCAUUGUCUAGCAACGUCGGUAAGCCCGUAAACGUUGGAGAGCUCAUUUUCACAUUGACACGGAACAUAACGUACCGAGCGGCGUUUGGUGCGGCCUGUGAGACAGAACAAGACGAGUUCAUAAGGAUCUUGCAAGAGUUCUCUAAGCUAUUUGGAGCAUUUAACAUCGCGGAUUUCAUACCGUUCCUAGGCUGGUUGGAUCUUCAAGGGAUAAACAAGAGGCUUGUUAAGGCACGUAACGAUCUUGACGGGUUCAUCGAUGAAGUUAUCGAUGAGCAUAUGAAGAAGAGGGAGACUGUAAACGGUGAUGAAGAUACUGAUAUGGUGGAUGAUCUACUUGCCUUUUAUAGCGAGGAUUCAUCAACUAAUCGUAGCAAGAACGCCGUAAAACUCACACGUGAGAAUAUCAAAGCCCUCGUCAUGGAUGUUAUGUUUGGAGGAACGGAGACGAUGGCGUCAGGUAUCGAAUGGGCUUUGACAGAGCUACUACGUAACCCAGCUGAACUCAAACGGCUCCAACAAGAACUGACCGAGGUCGUGGGUCUUGACCAGCGCGUGGAUGAUACUCACCUGGAGAAACUAACGUUCCUAAAAUGCACACUCAAAGAAACCAUGAGACUCCACCCACCGAUCCCGCUCAUCCUCCACGAGGCUAUCGAGGACACAAAGCUCCAAGGCUUCUCUGUUCCCAAAGGCUCACGUCUGAUGAUAAACGCCUUCGCCAUCGCGCGUGACCCGAAGUUGUGGGCUGACCCGGAAGCGUUUCGGCCUUGUAGGUUUAUGGAACCGGGUAUGCCUGAUUUCAUGGGGACUAACUUCGAGUUUAUACCGUUCGGGGCGGGUCGGAGAUCGUGUCCGGGAAUGCAGCUUGGGCUUUAUGCGAUGGAGGUGGCUGUGGCUAACAUCAUUCACUGCUUCACGUGGAAGUUGCCUGACGGGAUGAAACCUAGUGAGCUCGAUAUGAGCGACGUCAUGGGUCUUACCGCUCCGAGAGCAACGCGCUUGAUCGCAGUGCCUGACACGCGCCUCAUAUGCUCUGUUUGACCCUGACCAUGGAGAGAGGCUUGUUGUUCUGUUCAGGAUUAAUGGUGCAAAAGCUUUCGUCUUCUUUUUAAAAAUUUAAAUUGUGUUUUUCUUUUUCACUUCGUUUUUCUGUUCCCAAGGGACUUUUCUUCCUCAAAAUGUAUAUGUAAAUAAAUGUUGUACAGGAAGACCAACGUACAAAACCCAAACAAUGUUGCGUGCAUCCAAAAAAAUUAUCACGAAGAAACAUUUGACA